CCUGGAAGAGUUGUGACUCUGGUUGAAGACCCUGAGGGCUGCGUGUGGGGCGUUGCCUACAGACUGCCAGCAGGACAGGAGUGUGAAGUCAAGGCAUACCUGGACUUCAGAGAGAAGGGAGGCUACAGGACUACCACUGUCAUUUUCUACCCAAAAGACCUGUCAGUGAAACCCUUUGAUGUGUUGCUGUACAUUGGAACUGGGGACAACCCCAACUACCUCGGCCCAGCGCCUCUAGAAGAGAUUGCUGAACAGAUUUUCCAUGCUGUUGGUCCCAGUGGAAGAAACACAGAAUACCUGUUUGAGCUUGCCAACUCUAUCAGGAAUCUUGUUCCAGAAGAGGCAGAUGAGCAUCUCUUCUCCCUAGAGAAACUAGUCAAGGAACUCUUGGAAAAGCAUCCAAACCUAAAUUGUCUAUAA